UAUCACUUACCAUAUGUACUGUAGUAGACUGUUUGGAUGCAGAGGACAACACAUCAUACAUUAGUGUAGGGAACUGAUUCGGGUGGGGUCUCACAGCGUUCAAAGGUUUCACUCUGAAGAAUGGAUGAUUACAACAAUAACAGCAACAUCUAUAUCAACUACAAUGAAUACAACUUUGAAAACUAUGAGUAUUAUGAUAAAAUUGUAUUCAUCAUGAAUGUGGUGACAUGCAUAAUCAUUGCUAUCGGCUUUCCUUUGACCCUCGUGGCCAUCUAUGCUCUUUACUCUCUGGUGAGAAGUGACCACGUUGCUCCGAUCUACGUCAUCAAUCUUCUCUUUACCGACCUCAUCCAGCUCUGCUGCAUGAUCGUUCAGGUGAAACAACCUGAGGAUUGGACGAUACUUUUCAUUUCCUUUUCUAUUUACUACUUUGUUCAGAUUGCCAGUGUUUACUUCAUGGUCUGCGUCUCCCUGGAAAGGUAUUUGGUCAUCGCCCACCCGCUGUGGUACCGCUUCAGACGAACCAUCAAGACCUCUGUGGCGGUCUGUGUCGUGGUCUGGGUCCUUACUCUUGUCUGUGUCAUCCUUUAUUAUUUCUCUGUUAAUCAUGUGGUCACAAGAAUACUCUUGGCUGUUCUCCUUACCCUUCCCUUCCCACUGUUUAUAUUCUUCCUGGUUGGGACCCUCAGAGCCCUGUCUGCUUCCGUCUCAGUCCCCUCUGAUGAUAAACGAUGGAUUUGGGGAAUUUUGGUUCUGUUGCUGCUUAUUUACACGCUGCUGUUCCUGCCUACAAUCAUUUGGUUUCUAGGAGCCCACUUUAACUAUACCCUCAUCAACCUGUCCCACAUGUUUCUUAGGUUGAGUCCUCUUGCGGACUUAGUCCUGUGUGUCUUCAUGAGGAAAGGGGCCAGAGACAAGCUUUUGGCCUCUGUGUGUUGCAGAAUGGACAGCAAUCAGCCGUCAAUCAGUAUGAAUGAUGACAACAUUUCCACAGUCAGCUUAAUGUUGGCAGAGAAAGAGGGAGAGAGAGAAAGGGGAGGAAACAGGAGGAGAAAUGUAGAUGAACAGAAAGGAUAGAGACAAGACAGAUAUUGGACUUUUUACUUUUUUUGAUCACUGAUACGCGUUUUUAUUUUGUUUAUUUUUCUUUGUUAUAACUUACGUAUUGUCUACCCAAAACUGUAUUUGUUUGCUUUUUUAUUUUUGUACAAAGAAGAAACAAAACUACAAACUCUUUGUUUAUCUUUAUUUAAAAGUGUUUUGGUGGUUUAGCGGAAGGCGUGUUGGGUUUUAGGAUGUGAUUCAGAGCAGGUAUUUUACAGCAGCUGUAGUGUGUUUGGUAAUCAAAUCUUAUUCAACAGUAGAUGUUGCUUUAUAUGAAAUAUCUACAAAUCCAAUUUAAAAUCCAUGAGAAACUCAUGUUCAACAAAUCUCUAUUGUCAAUAUGAACAUAACCUGGGUCUCUCACACCAAAGGCAUGUCUGUUUGCCAGGCUUAGCUGGAACAAUAGGUGUCAGAUGGUCAGUUUCAUCCACUACUCUUUACCAACUUCAGACGUGCUCUAUGAGUGGCUUUGAUUGUGGCUUUAAUCUUAGGACUGGGCACAUACAGAUGCAAACAGGACGUUUUGACGCAGAUCAAGUACUCUGACCAGAAAAUCAAGUGCUGUCUCACCUGGUCCCUGAACAGCUUUUGUCAGUUGUUGGUACAAUACAGUAGCAUCCUUUUCUGAGUAGAGGGAUCUUAAUAUUUGUCUGAAUUGCUAGGGUGAAGUCUGAUUUCCCCUCUAAAUAGCUCCUUAGCUUCAGUACAGGUUUCAUAGCACGAAUCACUGCCCCCAUAAUUUCCACAUCAGGAUACCCCUUCCUGAGAUCACCGUCGAUCAGUUGUGUCCAGGCUACUAAAGCUCAAAGUAUGUUUUGAGGUUGACUCACCCACAUGUAUGUCUGUUCUGAAGUCCUAUCUGAAACCAGGGGAAGAACCACAGCAGCUGUUCCUAAUCAGGGCCGUGCAGAGACCUUUGGAAGAGCAGGUGCUCAAAGUAUAAAAGGAGCACAUGGAACAAGGAUUUAAAUAGGUCUGUUCUCAAAAUAUCGAUACAGAAAUAUAUUGUUAUGUAGUCCUUGAUUAUAUGCGUAUACAGAUGCUUCUGUAUCGAUACAUCAACAAAUGCUGUGACACAGUUUUGAAAAAUAAAACACAGGGAAUACCCAGAUCUAGCUUUAAAACACGGUGGGCUGACACAACUUACAGGGAAC